AUGGUGCAGUCGGCUCAGCAACAUGAGCGACCAGCUCUGUGCUUUUCCCAUGGACGCUGGAGCAGACUCUCCACGUGGCUCCUGCUGGUCCCCUCUCUGCUCCUGCUGGUCCCCUCUCUGCUCCUGCUGGUCCCCUCUCUGCUCCAGCUGGUCCCCUCUCUGCUCCAGCUGGUCCCCUCUCUGCUCCAGCUGGUCCCCUCUCUGCUCCUGCUGGUCCCCUCUCUGCUCCUGCUGGUCCCCUCUCUGCUCCUGCUGGUCCCCUCUCUGCUCCUGCUGGUCCCCUCUCUGCUCCAGCUGGUCCCCUCUCUGCUCCAGCUGGUCCCCUCUCUGCUCCAGCUGGUCCCCUCUCUGCUCCUGCUGGUCCCCUCUCUGCUCCUGCUGGUCCCCUCUCUGCUCCUGCUGGUCCCCUCUCUGCUCCUGCUGGUCCCCUCUCUGCUCCUGCUGGUCCCCUCUCUGCUCCUGCUGGUCCCCUCUCUGCUCCUGCUGCUGGUCCCCUCUCUGCUCCAGCUGGUCCCCUCUCUGCUCCUGCUGGUCCCCUCUCUGCUCCUGCUGGUCCCCUCUCUGCUCCUGCUGGUCCCCUCUCUGCUCCUGCUGGUCCCCUCUCUGCUCCAGCUGGUCCCCUCUCUGCUCCAGCUGGUCCCCUCUCUGCUCCUGCUGGUCCCCUCUCUGCUCCUGCUGGUCCCCUCUCUGCUCCUGCUGGUCCCCUCUCUGCUCCUGCUGCUGGUCCCCUCUCUGCUCCAGCUGGUCCCCUCUCUGCUCCAGCUGGUCCCCUCUCUGCUCCAGCUGGUCCCCUCUCUGCUCCUGCUGGUCCCCUCUCUGCUCCUGCUGGUCCCCUCUCUGCUCCUGCUGGUCCCCUCUCUGCUCCUGCUGGUCCCCUCUCUGCUCCAGCUGGUCCCCUCUCUGCUCCAGCUGGUCCCCUCUCUGCUCCUGCUGGUCCCCUCUCUGCUCCUGCUGGUCCCCUCUCUGCUCCUGCUGGUCCCCUCUCUGCUCCUGCUGGUCCCCUCUCUGCUCCAGCUGGUCCCCUCUCUGCUCCUGCUGGUCCCCUCUCUGCUCCUGCUGGUCCCCUCUCUGCUCCUGCUGGUCCCCUCUCUGCUCCUGCUGGUCCCCUCUCUGCUCCUGCUGGUCCCCUCUCUGCUCCUGCUGGUCCCCUCUCUGCUCCUGCUGGUCCCCUCUCUGCUCCUGCUGGUCCCCUCUCUGCUCCAGCUGGUCCCCUCUCUGCUCCAGCUGGUCCCCUCUCUGCUCCAGCUGGUCCCCUCUCUGCUCCAGCUGGUCCCCUCUCUGCUCCAGCUGGUCCCCUCUCUGCUCCAGCUGGUCCCCUCUCUGCUCCAGCUGGUCCCCUCUCUGCUCCUGCUGGUCCCCUCUCUGCUCCUGCUGGUCCCCUCUCUGCUCCUGCUGGUCCCCUCUCUGCUCCUGCUGGUCCCCUCUCUGCUCCAGCUGGUCCCCUCUCUGCUCCAGCUGGUCCCCUCUCUGCUCCAGCUGGUCCCCUCUCUGCUCCAGCUGGUCCCCUCUCUGCUCCAGCUGGUCCCCUCUCUGCUCCAGCUGGUCCCCUCUCUGCUCCUGCUGGUCCCCUCUCUGCUCCUGCUGGUCCCCUCUCUGCUCCUGCUGGUCCCCUCUCUGCUCCUGCUGGUCCCCUCUCUGCUCCAGCUGGUCCCCUCUCUGCUCCAGCUGGUCCCCUCUCUGCUCCUGCUGGUCCCCUCUCUGCUCCUGCUGGUCCCCUCUCUGCUCCUGCUGGUCCCCUCUCUGCUCCUGCUGGUCCCCUCUCUGCUCCUGCUGGUCCCCUCUCUGCUCCUGCUGGUCCCCUCUCUGCUCCUGCUGGUCCCCUCUCUGCUCCAGCUGGUCCCCUCUCUGCUCCAGCUGGUCCCCUCUCUGCUCCAGCUGGUCCCCUCUCUGCUCCUGCUGCUGGUCCCCUCUCUGCUCCUGCUGGUCCCCUCUCUGCUCCAGCUGGUCCCCUCUCUGCUCCUGCUGGUCCCCUCUCUGCUCCUGCUGGUCCCCUCUCUGCUCCUGCUGGUCCCCUCUCUGCUCCUGCUGGUCCCCUCUCUGCUCCAGCGUCCAUGGGAAAAGAACGGGAGCAGAUCGCUAACGUCGCUAUGUCACUGGAGUCCGGUGUAA